UAUUGCUCGACUUCGUCGUCUUUCCAUUAAUUUCUUCUCUGAUCAACGUCGGUGGGGCUCCGGAUCCCGUGGAUCUCCUCGUAAUCAGUGACCAGUUAAUUCUCGAUGAUGGAGGAAAGUAAAUCCGGUUCAGACUGUGGCUGUUCGAAUCGGAAUUUCAUGCUUUCCAUAACUCCGAUUCAGGUUCCAUGAUAGAUUUAUAAUCAAUUGAAGAAUUGGAUUAUCUAUUGUUUGGGAAGUGUUUUGGUUGAUGUGAAGAUGGUAUUAGAUAAUUAAGAAUGUUGGUUUGAAGAUAAACUCUGAAUCUCCUUUUUAAUCUGCAUUUUGACAUGCAUACUGUGGAAGAAGAGAGGCAAUAAAGAUGGUUGCAACUUACUGAACGGAAAAUGAAGAAGAGAUUCAUUUUAAAGAACCCAAUUGCCUUUGUUUUUAUGAUUCUAUCUCUUUGUUGCAUACUUAUUGUACUCAUCACAACGCUAAGACUUCCAGAGCUAACUGUAGGAGUUAAGGCUGUAGCCAGUGAUAAGGUUUCAGUGAUCAGAAAGGUUCCCAAAUACGAUAAGUUGGGCAAGUUUGGAGAGAUGAUGAUCAAAAUGUUGCCUAAGGAUCUUCCUUUUACUGUGUUUGUUCCUUCGGAGAACGCUUUCGAGCGCGUAUUGAAUUUACGAGUGAACGAAAGUUUCACAAGUACUGAGAAGUUGGACGACACAUAUGCCGUGACUUCGAGAAUAUUAGGCUUCUCUGCUGUUCCUCGAACUAUUUAUUCGACGUUGUUAGAUUACGGGAAUGAGAUUUCAUAUGAUGCUGUUUCUGGAUUCACAUUGAACAUUUUCAAGGACAGAGAUGGGAUGCUGAUUGUUAAUGGGGUGAGGUCUGAAAUGGUGGAUAUAAAGAAGAAGGAUGUUCUUGUGCAUAUAAUGGAUGGUGUUAUAAUGGAUGCUGCAUUUGAGCAAUCAGUAAAACCUGAUGACAAUGAAGAUUAAACCUGUGAAAAGCAGCUGUUUAUUAUUAUCCUUAUUAAUCAUACAUUCUAAACCAUUUACUUCAAUAGUAACAGAGUGGUCAAUGACCAAACAAGUAAGUUAUUUUCAACCAAACAUAACAUUCUUCUUACAUAUGUGUGUGGAACAAUAGAUUCUUAUCCUCAAAUGACCAUCGGUUCUCUUCCUUUCGAAAAAUUCUUGUCAUAUUAUUUAGCUUAGACCUAUGAGUUUGGUUUCAAAGAAUCUAUUAAUUCUUUGAUUGCAA